AGUAGUUUAUCUAUCGGUAGUCCAAUUAUAAAUGGACCAACUGAAGAAGGUGGCAUUCGGACAAAGGCAAGAAAGUUUAAGUCUCCAUACCUUCAAAGGGAACAAUGCCCAUUCAAAAAGUUGACUUUAGAAGAAAGAGAAAUUGGGUUGUACACCAUCUAUUGUGAUACACGUGACGGGUCUGAAAUACUAUUCUCAUACAAAUCAAUAGAGGUUAGUAGAGCAGGAUUUCAAACAUUGCGAAAGGGACGCGUUGUUGGAUGUUCGAUAAUUAAUGCUUGGUGUUUGUGGUUGAAUAAUCAAGAGGAGAAACGGUCUAAUGAUUCACCAUUGAGUUUUUUUUGCGGCACAGGUUUAUACACUGGUGGGUGUGACAUGCAAUACUCUGAACAUAGUAGUAGAUUCAAUGUUGGAUUGACUACUGAGUUGGCCAUGUAUAAAGGAAGACAUCUACAUCUACUAGAUAUGAUUUUCUUUCCAGUCGCAGACAAGGGUAUGUACUUUGCCCUUUGUUUUGAUACAAAAAGGGGAAAAUUGUUCGUGCUAGACAGCAUGGUUGAUGUGGAUGAAGAUGGUCGCAUGAAAGAGUAUGAACGAGUGUCUAGCUUAAUGCGUCAACUUCUGGUUGAUUAUUUGAAUCAUGCCGGCGAAGAAAACAGAGCAAAGAAAGCUGGUAAAACAAAACUUCAUGUAGUUAAGUUGAAGUGGGCAGAUGGCAUUAAUAAAGAGGACACGGGAAUUUACAUGAUGCGACAUCUAGAGACAUUCAUGGGUGAUUAUGGCGCUAGUUGGAAGUGUAUUUCUGUUGUGUCACGAGCGAAGCAACUCCACGUUUUGCGAGUCCGUUAUGGCUCUACACUUGUGGGCUGGGAGCAAAAUAAAAAUGGGGUGGCUGUGAAGAGUGAAGCAUCUGAAUAUUAUGUUACGAUUAGCCAGGUUGAAAACUUCAAUGCCAACAUUAUGUUGAUUGGUUCUUAAAGUAGUA